AUGGGCAACAGCGAAUCGAGCUCCGAUUUGUCAAACAACAACGUUUCAAAAACACCAAAACGGACGGUAUCCCAGAGUCCGACGGCUACCAGAAGUGCCAGUGUGAGACGUCCGCCGACGAGUGUUCCCGUAGAGGGUGGGGGUAUCAGAAGGUCGAGAACCACUCGGCAUAAGGAUCGCAAUAAUUUGAGACGGGCGGUCUGUCCGGUCACUGGUUUGACACUCCAUCAGAAGGCGUUGUUGGCAAGGAAAUGGAAUCGGAUGGAUAGAGGCACUGUCUACGAGAUGGGGCGACGGAUGUUUGAGCACGUCUUCACCGAAAAUCCACAGUAUCUUGCUUACAUUGAUUUGAAGAAUGAGGUCAACUGGUGGAAUCAUAUCAAUUUUAAGAUUCAUGUGCAGCGCUUCGUCACCGUGCUCAUCGAAACAAUGCGUCGGCUCAAAGAGCCCUCCACUUCCAUCGACAUUCUCCGCGAUUUCGGCGCAAUUUAUGCCAAAUAUCCAAAACGGGUGUCUGCUCUCUACUUCGAGCGGUUGGCGAAUAGUAUGAACGAGGCGGCGGGACAGUUACAAGAAAGUGAUCAUUUGGAUGUGGAGAAAACCCAAAGCCGAAUGGAAGACGCUGUGACCGACUCCUCGAGCACUGAUAACACCUCAAAUAUGUGCACCUCUUGUACCUCCUUAUCAUCGGGUCAACGGUACCCGAAGCCUCUGACCACUCGACACUCAGAAUCGCAGAUGCAAACUUUGAAGGAGGAAUCCUCAUUCUGCUCGUCUUGUGUGAAUAGCAGAAGGUGUUCACAUGAAGUCGACGGCGUCAAAUCCGUGUGCCCUAUCACCUCUGAAGCCUGGCUUGUGCUCUCCGCAUUCAUCGCAAAUCAAAUAAAAUUCGGUUACGAGCUCGAGAAACUUCUGAUAAACGAGAUGAGCAAGUUGGGAAUCGACACGCUGCCAUGCCAAGUUGGGGAGUCUGCUGAAAUCGAGGAGGACCCUCAUCGAAGCACCAAUCGAUUAAAUGUCGAAAAGCAAUCUCAAUUUGUGUAA